CCUAAUCAAAAUUCUCCUGUACUCUUAGCAUAGAAGAAAAGCAUAUCUCGUUCGAGACAAGGUAACGGCACUGAUCCUAAGUUGCGCGCUGAAGUCAAUUUCAAAAAAAAAAAAAAAAAAAAGAGAAGAGAAAGGAAAAGAAAAGAAAAGAAAAAUCAUCGAACCGGACAGCCUGACAUAUAUAUACUCUCCCUCAGUGGCUUGAAAAUUUUCCUUAGCAUCUCUCCUUUUCUCUCUUGCUCUAUCUUCGAAAACUUCUUCAACAUGGGAGCAAGAUUCAAACCCAUUACAGCUGCUCUUUUCCUUUGCUUCUUUCUAUUGCCUUUGGUUUUUGCUGCCCAUAAUGAUGGAUUGGUCAGAAUUGGACUAAAAAAGAGGAAGUUUGAUCAAAACAACCUUGUGGCUGCUCAGUUUGAGUCCAAGGAAGGAGAGUCACUGCGAGCUUCUAUUAAAAAGUAUCAUCUUCGUGGGAAUUUAGGUGAUGCAGAAGAUAUUGAUAUAAUAUCACUAAAGAACUACAUGGAUGCUCAGUAUUUUGGCGAGAUUGGUAUUGGUACUCCACCACAAAAGUUCACUGUAAUAUUUGACACUGGUAGUUCUAAUCUGUGGGUGCCCUCUUCCAAGUGCUAUUUUUCACUUUCCUGCUAUUUCCAUUCCAAGUACAAGUCUGGCCAUUCAAGCACCUCUAAGGAGAAUGGAAAAUCAGCAGCUAUCCACUAUGGAACUGGUGCCAUUUCUGGCUUCUUUACUCGGGACCAUGUAAAAGUUGGUUCUCUUGUGGUCAAGGAUCAGGAUUUUAUUGAAGCAACCAAGGAGCCCAGCCUCACAUUCUUAGUAUCAAAGUUUGAUGGUAUACUUGGACUUGGGUUUGAAGAGAUAUCAGUUGGAAAGGCUGUACCUGUGUGGUACAACAUGGUCAAUCAGGGUCUUGUUAAAGAACCAGUUUUCUCAUUUUGGUUUAACCGCAAUGCUGAUGAAUAUGAAGGGGGUGAGAUAGUUUUUGGUGGGAUGGACCCCUACCAUUACAAGGGUGAGCAUACGUAUGUCCCUGUGACACAGAAAGGGUAUUGGCAGUUUAACAUGGGCGAUGUCUUGAUUGAUGGUAAAACAACUGGAAUUUGCAGUAGGGGCUGUGCUGCAAUUGCUGAUUCUGGAACUUCUUUGUUGGCUGGUCCUACGGGCAUUAUUGCUGAAGUGAACCGUGCCAUUGGAGCAACUGGAAUUGUUAGUCAAGAAUGCAAGGCAGUUGUUGCUCAAUAUGGAGAAAUCAUAAUCGAGAAGCUUUUAGAAAAGGACGAACCACAAAAAAUUUGCUCACGAAUUGGUAUGUGCACAUUUGAUGGUUCCCGAGGUGUAAGUAUGGGCAUUGAGAACGUGCUGAAUGAGAAGAUUCAAGGAGUGGCUGGUAGUUUGCAUGAUGCAAUGUGCUCUUAUUGUGAGAUGGCAGUUAUAUGGAUGCAGAAUAAGCUCGAGCUGAAUUUAACUCGGGAGAACAUACUUAACUAUGUCGAUGAGCUUUGUGACCGAUUGCCCAGUCCACUGGGAGAAUCAGUAGUGGAUUGUGGUGGUUUGUCUACAUUGCCUAAUGUUUCAUUUACAAUUGGUGGGAAGGUUUUUGACCUCUCCCCUGAGCAGUAUGUCCUCAAAGUGGGUGAUGGAGAAACAGCGCAAUGCCUUAGUGGAUUUACAGCUUUAGAUGUGCCACCACCUCGUGGUCCCCUUUGGAUAUUGGGAGAUGUUUUCAUGGGUCGCUUCCAUACUGUAUUCGACUAUGGUAAUAUGAGAGUUGGAUUUGCGGAAGCUGCAUAAUUAAUCAUCUUUUACUACUUAGGUUCUGUUCAGUGUUGUACACCCUUGUUCAUCUGUAUUCUGUUUACGAAGUCUGUCGUUGUCGACUUUGAACUUUAAAGUGUCGGAAAAUAAAUCUCUUGUAAAUAUCAGAACAGAAAUGUGCCCCGUUGUGUCUAGUAUGAUACCUUCAAAACUAGGAGUUUGAAGGUUGACUAUAGAUGCUGGGUCUUCCAAAACAGAGCCUUAUAUAAUAGUACACGUAAAUUUUAUAAUA